GAAGUGAAGGGCGGACUUCUUCCGGUAGUGCGUAAGCCCCGAGCGGAGCCAAGACCCAGCGGAGCCUGAAUCCCGAUAAGACAAGAUGGCCGGGCUGCCCCGCAGGAUCAUCAAGGAAACCCAGCGCUUGCUGGCAGAACCUGUUCCUGGAAUAAAGGCCGAGCCAGAUGAAAGCAACGCACGUUAUUUUCAUGUGGUCAUUGCUGGUCCACAGGAUUCCCCCUUUGAGGGUGGGACAUUUAAACUUGAACUAUUCCUUCCAGAAGAAUACCCAAUGGCAGCUCCGAAAGUACGUUUCAUGACCAAAAUUUAUCAUCCUAACGUAGACAAAUUGGGAAGAAUAUGUUUAGAUAUUUUGAAAGAUAAAUGGUCUCCAGCUUUGCAGAUCCGUACAGUUCUGCUAUCAAUCCAGGCUUUGUUAAGCGCUCCCAACCCAGAUGAUCCACUAGCGAAUGAUGUAGCUGAGCAGUGGAAGACCAAUGAAGCCCAAGCCAUAGAAACAGCUAGAGCAUGGACUAGGCUAUAUGCCAUGAAUAAUAUUUAAAAUGUGCUCUGAAUCAGUGUGCAUCAAUUUUUCCUGUUCUGCCAAGACCUCUUCCUUUUUGUUUGCAUUUAAUGGACACAGUCUUAGAAAACAUUACAGAAUAAAAGCCAGACAUCAGUUCUUUGGUGAUUUAAAUGCACACUAGCAAAUCUGUGUCUUGUCCUAAUUCACUCCUGUUCCGCAUGAGCAGAGGCUAGAAGUAUCAUCGGGAUUGUUUGUGAAAUUGUUUAAAAGCAGUAGCACAUCUCUGCUUUUAAUAAGUUUUCCCCAUCAUGAGUUAAGUGUAAGCACUGUGAAUGAAAGUAGUCAGGGUUAGCUGCAGGGAUUUUUGUUCUAAUUGUGUGGGUUCUUUCUCCCCCUCUUUUUUAUGGUGAUGCUAAUUGCAUUGGUUAAAGCAGCUAACCUGUUAUACUCUAGAAUAUGCCCUCUAGCCAAGUCUAACUUAGAUGCUGUAGAUGGACAAGCUUGGUUGUUUGAACAAAAAUGGGAACAUUAAACCUCCAUUCACUAAUAAUAUUGUGGUUCUGCUGUCAAGUGUAAAAACCCUCCCUUCAAGGAAAAAAGCUUGUGACCAUUUUGUAUGGCUUGUCUGGAAAAUUUUCUGUAAAUCUUAUGUUUUAGUAAAAUAUUUUGUUAUUCUACUUUGCCUUUGUACAGUUUGUUUUGCUGUGUUCUUUUCCCCCCCACUUUUCAAUUGUGACAAUCGUUUUUUUUUUUUUUAAAUGAAGCCAGAUUGGAACAGUUUGAUUUUCACCAACCUAACGGAUGUAGUAAAAUAUUGGACUUUUUGCUGACUUGUAUUAAUAGGCCAUGCCUCAUUAGUGUUCAUAAUAUUUUUGUUUUUGUGUUUUUAAAAAGUCUCUGGUAAAUGUAGUUGCUUAUCAGAGUCUUAGUAGGUUAGAUGCAUCAUUGAUGUGUAUGUACUUGCAAUGUUAAGUACCACUGAAGCAGGAAGCUAGCAAAACAAACCGCAAUUUUGAGUAUAUGUGUAACUUGUCUGUCUUGUGCUAAGUAUUAUCAGGUAUCAGACUACACAUUUAAAGGUAAUUUGCAUCUUUUUAAAAAAAUGAUCCUCUACAUAAAAUGAUAUAUUACAGUACAGGUAAAUUGGUUGCUAAGGUAUUUACAGCUAGCCUUGCUGACUCUGGCCUCACCUGCAAUCCUUAAAACUACUACUCUCUUGACCCAUUUCUUCAUUCGGAAGCUAGAAAUUGAUUCAUUUUUUUAAAGCCAUCAUGUUGAAAUGUAAAUAACUCAUGGGAGCAUAUUUUGAUCACAUUUUUAACUUCUGUAUCUCAAAACUUACUUUUCUGACCCUACUUCUUUGCCUUGUCCACCUUCUGAUCUCUCUGCUUUCAGUGCAGCCUGUGUAAUGCCAGCUUGCCACGGGUAAUACCUUUCUUGCAGUUCAGGGGGACAAAACUGAGGUCCAUAGUUCUCUGCUCAUCAUACCUGUUCUAGCAUUAUUUGGGGUUUCUAUAGAAUGUGGUUGUAUGUAUUGUGCUCUUAUGUAAGAUAAAGAUUAUCUAUUAAAAUCACAUUUUCAACAGACAAAAUGCUUUUAGUGAUGGUAUUCUCCCUCAAGUUGACUGCAAUAUAGCAUGAUAAAAGGCUGAUAAUCUUAACAAGAUUCUUGAGAUUGUAUUGUAUCUGGGCUUGGAGAUGGUCCUUCUCUGUUACCAAUUAAUAGCACCAUUGCUGUAUUAGAGAACUGUUAAUAAUAUGCUUUGUCAACCAAUAUCUCCUAUAUUUCAUUGACUAUAGUGAACUCAAACAAAAACAUAUACUUGCAUUGCAGUGUAAAUCCUAAACUUGUUAACUUGUUAACUCAGAAGCAAGUCCUACUGAGCUAAACAAAACUUACUCCCUAGUAAGUCUGCUUGGGUUUGCAGACUUUUUAAAAUUAGUUAUUUGCAUAGCAAAUGGCUUUGUAUCGUGUAUUUCGAUGCUCACACAUUUGAACAUUGGGAUUUUCCUGACAUUCAAAAUGCUUCUGUUCUGGGGUUACACUUCUAUUUUUCUUUUUGUAACAUCUGACAGCCAAAUUUUGGAUUAUUGUACCUUACGUUCUGGGAUGAAAAUACUGAGAUGUAUUCCUAGAAAAAAUGUUCUAAAAGCUGUUGUGAGGAAAAAAAAGUAUACAGCAAUAUGUUUAAGUCUGAAGUUCAUGUGACAGCUGUAUUGUUAGAAUCCUGCUUAGCUUUCAAACCUAGGACCAUAAUCCAGCCAAAAUUAAGCACCAAUUUCAAUGGGAGUACUAUGGCAUGAUUCUAAGCAUAUUUUUUUGCAGUAAGUGCCACUGGCUCACAUGAAUCGUGGGUUAUCAUUACAAACGCAACCUGUGGGUUAUUGUUGGGUUGUGAACUCUGGGUUGUUCAUGGUUAACAAUACCAUAGUUAACUACAAUGCUGGCUUCACAAGUAAUGACAACUACGAUUCAAUGACAACUCAUACUCAGCAGUACUCUGGGUUACUGUUAUGUGUGAACCAGGUCAUUGAGUUCAAUGGACUUUACUGUUCCAUGAGUGUGCAUAGGAUUGUAGCCAUAAGCAUAUGCUUACAUAUCUCCUGUUGAAAUAAAUAGGACUUAAAAGUGCUUUCCUUUGUAUUGUAUCUCUUUAUUUCUUCCUUGCAUGUCGUAAAUGUCUGUAAUUGUGCACUAAUUGAAUCAAGAUCUUAAACUUUGGCGGCAGCAAAAAUCCUGUGUUCUGCUCUAGAGAGGUGUGUGUACACACAAACCUUUGAGAAGCAUUUUUCCUCUGAUGGAAUCGUGCACAGUAUUUGAAACUCACCAAAUUUAAAAUAAUCUUGGGAGUUUGGUGCAAAUGCUGCUUAAUAGGAAUCUGUUAUUAAGUAUGCAUGCUAUUCCCACUCCCCUGCCCCAGUGCAUUGAAAAACAGCUCUGGUGCCAAAUCACUAAAAUAUUUUCUAAACUAGGGAGUUUGGGCAUUCCAUAGGGACAGUGGUUAAGAGGAAAACUCCUCUAGCUCUAAAUAUUGAGAGUGAUAAUUAAAAUGUCUUUAAGACUUAAGUUCUGAAAGGUGUGAAUUCUUAAUUUUGCAUCCAAAUCUCUCAAUCCUAAAAAGUGGAAAUCUUUGGAAAUUAUUUUUAUUCCAUUUAAGUGUAGGAAUGCAACUAAAGUUAUUGAAGGUACUUGAAUCUCAUGUGUGUAUUUGAUGGAACCAAUAACUUGAUAUAUCAUGUAAAACUACAGUUUUUUCCUUUUAGCAAAUUCAGCUUGCAAAAUUAAACUUACUUUGGCUACGAUUCACAGCCUAUUUACUCUGAAGCAGUCCCAUGGAGUAUGCUGAAUUCUAAUACAACUACUCAACAAUAAAUAGGUCAUACUGUACAGUCUUGAUACAUCUCAGCUGGGUGGAAUUGUCCCAUUGUUCUGCUAAGCAGAGUUGAAUUAUUUCAACUUCUACAAUUAGGUCUUUUAACAAUAUGAAAAUGCCUUUGCUUUAUGAUAGUGAAUACAAGGAAGAAAGACUGGGAUCCUUUAUUGAAUUACAGUACAGCUGCUCCAUAUUAAUAAUCUUGGUGCUAAUAUUUAACAGGUUUGAAGAUUUCUCAUGUACUGAUUUAUGAACCCUAAGCUUAAACUAAAGUCAUGUUUGCAGUGAUCACCUUUCUUUAGUUAGUGAAUAGGUAGAUCUUGUGUUUGCAGUAAUAUUCUUGAAAGGAGGAAAACCUAAAUGACAGACACGUCUGUGCUUUGCAUGGGUAAACUGUUUAACUGACAAGAGUAAACACAUUGCAUAUCAAGUGUAAUAAUGGCCUAAAAUAAAUGUGGAUCUUAUGCUUUUAAAGGAAGCUUAUUUCCAGCAUAUUCUGGCUACUGUACAACAUCUGGGCUAGUUGAAUCACAGAUUUAUGUAUAUCUGACCUUAAUGUACAUUCCUACCAUGUCCAGGGUUAUUUUCAAAUGCCUGAUAGGUUCUGUUUAACAUCUUCUGACUGUAAUGUUAUGACACCAAAAUAAAAGGAAGAGUGAUUAUUCAUUA